UCCCCACGGCCUCCCCCGCCGUCCCCUCGGUCUCUCCCUGUCACUUAAAACCAGCACCUUCCCGGUCUCUCCUCACUUCUCCGCUGCAGUCGGUUCUUCAUCACCUUUAAGAACUAUCCUUGUGUUGUAUUUCCAUCUUUAAACAUGACUCAGGUCAACAGCUGCCUCAAAUGGCUCCUAACCAUCUUCAACAUCAUCUUCGCGAUUGUUGGCGUCGUCAUCAUUGUGCUCGCUCUGAAGUCUCAGUUCAGCUACGCUAACGGAGUCUUAGCUCUGGACUUCAAGCAAUCCUACUGCUACUUCCUGGGCUUCAUCGUCAUGGUGAUUGCCAUCCUGGGAGCCGUUGGCGCCUACAGGGAGAGCAAGACAUGCAUGAUCCUGUUCCUGGUGUGUAUGAUUCUUGGAAGUAUUGUGAUGCUCCUCCCUGGAACCGUAUUGGCUGUCAUCCGUCCCCAGGUGGCGAGCAUGCAGGAGGAGACUUAUCGUGGUUAUCUGCCUCUGGACAAAGCUCCAAUCGAUAAGAGGCACAAGGUCGACAGCAUGCAGAGAGAGAUGCAGUGCUGCGGUCUGUUCAGUUAUAAGGACUGGGAGGGAAACAUCCCCGACUCUUGUCUGUGCAACAAGUUGGAGGAGAUGGAGGGAAAGUGUCAGACAGUCGACUACAGAGGUGUGGUGCAGCAGAAGAAGUCCGUCUACAUCCAGGCCUGCUUCCCCAUCGUCAGCUUCAGUACCCUGCUGCUUUUUGACGUCGUCAUGGGAACCUUCUUCACCCUGGCUGUCCUGGGGCUGCUGGGAAUGGUUCUGUCCUCCAUCAUGAUCCACCAGCUGCGUAACCCCAACAGACCCGUCGGCGUCCUGAUGUCGGUCCCCGCCUACUUCAACCAACCUCCUCCCAAAUACGAGGAGUUGCAGAACAUUGUUCCUUCAACGAACUAGAGGAACAACGGCUUCCCUCAGGCUCGUUGUCAACAGUCAGAAGGUCGAGUUGUUUGACCGACGUGCCUUAACGUCACGGUGAGGCGUCCCGGCUGUCGGCUUCUGCAGCAACAUCAUUAACUCAUUUCACAUGUGAUGGGUCCGUGAUUAUUUGAGCAUUUGAGAUUUUUGUAUUGUUAUACAACCAGAGAAGAUCACGUUUGUUAACCUUUGGGUUGUCUUCCCAUCGAUAAUGCAACUUUUAUUUUUGUUGACUUUGGGUCACAUUGGCCC